GGGGGUGGUGGGGAGGGUGCGGAGAGGACGGCGGUGAUGGUGGCGGCCGGGAGGGGGGAGUUGGCGUUGGUGAGGUUGUUGGUGGGGGAGUUUGGGGCGGAUGAUGGGCUGGUGGCCGGGGACGGGCAGUUGGCGCUGAGGCUGGCGGCGGAUGCCGGGCAGAGGGAGGUGGUGGAGUAUUUGCCGGUGAGGAGGGGGGGUGCGUGGAGGAGGUGGAGGGUGCAUCAUGCUGUGGCGGUGAGGCGGGUGAAGAGGGCGGGGGUGAAGCUGUAUUGGUUUGGGAAGGUGUUGGUGUGGUAUGUGCCGAAGUUUGUUCUGUGGGACUGCCCGAGGCAUGGGGUGGUUGAUCCGCUGGUGAGGGGGUGCAAGUAUUGUUGGGCGAACAAGCACAAGUUUGGCGGGUGGUGUAAGAGGCAGGCGAAGGAACUUCCGGGGAGGGUGAAGAAGGCGGGGAAGGCUGUCUGGAAAUGCGCGAAGAAGGUGCCGAAGGGAGUGUGGCGGGUGGUCAAGGAGAUCCCGGGAGCGGUUAAGAAGCUGGUGAAGUGGCUGUGGAAGGCCAUCACCAAGAUCCCGGCGGCCAUGAAGAAGCUCUGCAUGUGGAUCUGGGAGAGCCUGAAGAGGGUUGGCAAGGCGGUUGGGCACGUCUUCCUGCGCGUCGUCGCGGUGCUGCACACGGCUGUCGCCGCCGUGCUCGACUACUUCCGGAACAUCAAGCUCAAGGAUGUGUGGAACGGGAUCUGCGAAGUCACCGAGGCCAUCUUCCGCGGCCUGCCGCGCGUGGCAUGGAAGGUUAUCUCGUCGCUUGGGAUUGUCGUGGCCGGCAUCAUUAUUGGAAUCUUCGGGUUCGCGGGGAAGCUCAUCGUAUCGUUCUUCCAGGUGCUGUGGCACAUUGCCAUGUACGCUCCGCGGCAGCUCGGGGUUAUUAUCUCGGGGAUCUGGACGUCCAUUGCGAAAGGGUACCACGAGAUCAUGGUUUGGAUUAAUCCCAAGCACUAGGGUAGUUUUCCUUUGUCUGGGUGACGGCGUUACUGUUUGAUACCCGGAUGUCAGUUAGAUCUGUACGAAUACAAGCAUCCCUUUCG